UACGACGAGAAACAAAGCAAAAUUAAGAAACAUUAUCUCAUCACAGAAAGGAUACUAGAUCUCCAACUAUUUUUUUCGUUGCAGUAACCAUGAAUCGCUCUUCAAUUGUAAACUUCCCACGCCAAUUUCUCCGUCAAUACCCCUCAAUACAGCCGGCGGUUACCAGUCGUAUUGCCAAACCUUGUGAUGUGUUCAUUAACCAUCGAGGGAUCGACACAAAGCGCACGGUUGUUACUUUGCUUUAUGAUCACCUUUUCCGGUUAAACCUACACCCCUUCCUGGACAACAAGAAUAUGAAGCCAGGAGACAAGUUGUUCGAUAAUAUCAACAGUGCAAUAAGGAAAUGUAAGGUUGGGGUGACUGUGUUUUCUCCUCGGUAUUGCGAGUCAUAUUUUUGCCUUCAUGAACUAGCUCUUAUUAUGGAGUCAAAGAAGAAGGUUAUUCCUAUCUUUUGUGACAUCAAGCCCUCGCAACUUCGAGUUGUGAACGAUGGGAAAUGUCCCAUGGAGGAUAUCCGGAGGUUUCGCUGGGCACUUGAAGAGGCUAAGUAUACUGUAGGGCUCACGUUCGACUCCUUGAAAGGGAACUGGUCGGAGGUUGUAACAAGUGCGUCGGAUAUUGUCAUUGAAACCUUGGUUGAGCUCGAGAGUGAGAAGCAAAUGCAGCGCCAUAAAAGCACUCCAAUAUUCCGUGCCUAGCACAUGUCUCAUUCGUUGAAGAAUAAAGUUUCAAUGCCACCGAGAGAUCGUCCUUCAUCAAAAUUUUCCUGCCUAUUUAUCAUUCAAUUUGUGUUAAUAAAUUGUAAAAUCAAUUUUUUCAUUUAUAAAAAAUAAAUGUUAAACAAAUUUCUUUAUUUUUUUAGUCAAU